GCAGUCGAGUCUCUCUCCACCACUACACCCGGGUACCCAGUUGGAGGAACAUCGACCGCAGCCGAGUCUCUCUCAACCGAAGCCGAGUCUGCCUCUACUGCGACUGAGUCUGCCACUACUCAGCAGAUGACUACUUCGACCGUCUACACCACGCAAAUCCGAACCGUCACUUCUUGUGCUCCCGAGGUGACAAACUGCCCCAACAGGCCUCAUGUCGUCACCGAGACCAUCGCCAUCUCCACCACUGUCUGUCCCGUUACUGAGGCUGGAUCCACUGUUGAGAUCCCCACGACGUCUGAAACAGUCCCGGACGUCUCUACAUCGGACGUGUAUUCGACUCCCCAGAACACGCCAUCUGUGUCACCCUCUACAUCGCACGUGUAUGAGACUCCCCAGAACACCCCUUCAGUGUCAGCCUCGUCAUCGCACGUGUACGAGACUCCUCACAACACACCAACAUCUCUCACUACGACCGCACUCACGGCCACCACCGAGAAGCUGACGACCUCAACUGUCUACACCACUCAAGUCCGCACCAUCACUUCGUGUGCUCCUGAAGUCACAAACUGCCCCAACAGGCCCCAUGUCACCACCGAGACCAUCGCCAUCUCAACCACAGUCUGCCCCGUCACGGAGACCCCCGAGACUACCGCCCCUGUCAAGCAUACUUCUGUCUCGGAGUUGGCUUCCAAGACCUCGACAAAGCACGAGUCCCACAAGCCCUCCACCAGUGUAUGGACGACCUCGACUAUCUACACAACUCAGGUCCGCACCAUCACGUCUUGCGCCCCCGAGGUCACCAACUGCCCUGGCAAGCCCGGCAAGCCUCAUGUUACUACUGAGACUAUUGCCAUCUCAACCACCGUGUGCCCUGUCACCGAGACGCCUGAGACGACUGCCAAGGGCUCCGAGACACAGGCUGGGUUUACUACCACCAAGGCAGUUGAAACGGUUACUAAGCCGCCUUACCAUCAGACCACUAAGUAUUCCACCUCGACCAUCUAUACGACAUCCUACCACACCAUCACCUCUUGCGGUCCCGAGGUCCCCGAUUGCCCCCAUGGAAGCAAGGUAGUCACGGUUACCAUUCCCGUCUCGACUACUGUUUGCCCCGUUACCACCGUGGUGAUUCCUCCUGUUACUACGGUGGCUCCUCCCGUUACUACCAAGGUUUACACCCAGCCUCCUGUUGUCCCGCACACUACGAAGACCAUCAACGUCCCGUAUUACGGCAACACUACCCGGUUCGCCGAGUCGACUACCAAGUACACCACGUCUACGAUCUACACUACCCAGAUCCGCACUGUCACUUACUGUGGACCUAACAUUCCUUGCUCGAACGGUCCUUAUGUGACGACCGAGACUAUUGGUAUCUCGACUACCGUUUGCCCAGUCACUGAGACGACUGCUCCUGUGCCUGUUAGCGUGACCUCGACGCUCUACACCACCCAGUCCUACACCGUCACAAGCUGCGCUCCCGAGAAGCAUAGCUGCUCAGUCGGUCAGGUUACAACUACCGUGUAUCCCACUGCCACGACUUGCAUUUCCCAGUGGAGCUCUGUGGUCCGACCUACCUCGGACACUAUUGUCACCAUCACCGAGUCCGCCACCGGAAAGAACUCUACUUUGACCUAUGUCAGGGAGACGAGCACAACCAAGUUGGUUCCGGAAGAGUCUGUCUCGACCACGGCUGUCUACGCGCUGCCCACCACAACCACUAAGACUUACGAACAGCCCAUCCCGACUACCCCGGUCUCGGAGGCUGGCUCUAAGCCCACCUACCUUGUACCCAUUGAAGACUAUGCUGUCCAGGCUGCUGCCGUCGUUGACACAAGCUCCAGUGCGGUCAAGUACGCUCCUUCCUCUACCGCUACAAACCCCGUUCCAGUCACUGGCACCGCUGGUCGUGUCGCUGGUGGCUUUGAAUUGAUGACCGCAGCUCUUGCUGUUAUUGCCUUUUUCCUUUAGUUAUGUAAUGAUGAGUCAUGAAUAUUAGACCGGUAGACAUAGUAUGCAUAUAGUUUGAAAAUACACGCAGCGUUUGGACUUGAA